AAUCAACAAACGAUUCCUCCCCAAAUGGAUGUGAGCUGUUCGUUUUGAUUUUUCAUCUUUGGUUUCGAAAGCCGAAAAAAUAAUCGUUUUCUCCACACCACAAACUUCGCUUCCAAAUGGGUGCCUUCCAGUGGCCAUGGGAAUAUUCGUUUCCACCAUUUUUCACAGUGCAGGUGCAUGCAAAAACAAAGGAACAACAGCUAGCCACCUGGAAGGAAUUGGUGUUAAACUAUCAAAAACAUGAGCGCCAGGCGUUGCUUAACAUCUCGGAAGACAUACCGCUCUUUGUUAACCAUGAGCUUGGCCGUAAAUUUCCUCCGGAAGCACGGCUGUGGGUGAUGGAAGAGCUAGCAAAAACGGGACAUGCUGCCACAACCGACAAACGGAAACAGCAGUGGGAAGUGUACUGGCAUACACUAGACGAAUGGAGUACCAUACUGUACGAUUGGGCCGCUAGCAGCGGGACAACAAACACGGUUUGCACGUUGUACGAAUUGGCGUCGGGUGAUAACACGGUCGGGGAAGAGUUUUACGGAUUGGACGAAGGGGUCCUUAGAAAGGCACUAAAGAUACUCGAAGCGCGAGGCAGAUGUGAACUGAUUGCGUUCGAUGAUAAUGAAGGAGUGAAGUUUUUCUAAGCCAACUGUACACCAGAUGUGAUCUUGAACAGAAUACAAAGGAAGAAGAAAAACGGAGCUCUGUUUGCGUGUUCGGAAAAUUCACAAAGUUAAAAGCGACCCAGAAAUCAAAUUCCAAAUUUUAUUAAUCUUCAUUCCUUUUUUUUGGUAGAUGUUGAUCUGUUUCCAUCACCCUCCUCCGUGCACCCAUUCGUUCCAUUCCUCUUACAUCGAUAGUCCUGAUAAGUUGAGCUCGAUCGAUCUGUUUCUUUCUUUGCUUGCUAUCUUAUCUUCUGUCUUGUGCCGGUCUAGCGGUUUCGUUCGGGUGGUGUUCUCAAGCCUUCACAAGAUGGUUUGCUUGCACUAUUCAUGUUGCUUUUCACUAGUGAAACAUCCGAAGAAUCGGCAUCCUGCCUAUUCACGCUUCCUUAGAUUAAAGGUUGGUACGAUACGUGUUUAGCUAUAUGUUUUUUUUGUUCUCUUUAUUCUUUAAAUGAUUUGCAUUUUGCAACACCGAUUCUAGUAAACUGUUAUUUGGUUUUUCUUUUGCAUUCUCGAGAAUUGUAUGUAUAUGGUGUUAUAUUGAGUUUUGUCAUUUACUUACUUACUCUGCUUCUUUUGUUUCCUUGCAGUUGCACGUCUUUAUCCAAUCUUGCACUAUAGUGUCACAAUUAGUACACAGUUCUACAAAGGGGGGACCUUUUAUGAAUGGUUUUUGUUGUUUUCUUUAUGGAAAUAUCAGAUUUUUGUAUCGAAGUAAUUACCUCUACUUUCAUUUGUGUGUCUUAUAUAAUGGGUUGAAAAUGUUUCUUUUGCUUGUUUUGCGGACUAAAAACACAACAGGAAUACAAUGUUAUUGCCGGUUGCUGCUGCUUUCAGAUACGUUUGUUUGUUAAUGUUAUCUGCGCUUACGAUUUUUUUAGCAAUUGUUUGUAGCAUUGUAGCAAACUCGUUUCGUAUCCUUUUUCUGCAUGCUAUUGUGUUUUUCUAUGGUUUGUUGUACACUUUUUGUUGUAUUGUAAUUACAUGAUUGCAUAUGAAUGUUGACGCGAGAAAGUCUACUAUUGUUUUGCAUGUCCGGAGGGAAAAAGGAAAAAUUUCAAUCAAAAGAUCAACCUGAUUCCUUCCUGUGGUGGCGAUGUAACGCAUUCCUAACUUAGUCGAUUCUUUUUUAUGAUUUCAGGCGUGUUUGUUUUUUUGUGUGUUUAACUUCCGUUUCGUGGUUUGCUCAUAUCUCAUAACCGGAAAUUAAAUUAGUUCACUAAUUCACAGAGUGCUCUCCUAUCGAGGUUUUAUUCU